AUAAUAAUUUAAUUCAACAACAACAAUCACUCAAUCAACUGCUUUUAAUGUUUAUGUUCUUCAUUAGGAUACUUUCUUUAAAAUUGUCAUUUUAUUUUAUUCUUCGCAAUGGAUUUAAAAAACAAAGUUGCUUUAGUAACCGGAGCAGCAUCAGGUAUUGGUUAUAAUUAUUGCAGUUAUUUACUAUUUAAUGGCGUAAAAGUUGCGUUCUGUGAUAUAGACAAAACAAAAUGUCAAUCUAUUGUUGAUGAGUUUUCUAAAAAAUAUGGACAAAAUAAUGUUUUAGCAGUCUAUUGUGAUGUUACUGAUAAUUUAUCAUUUGAAAAUGCUUUUAAAUCAUGCAUCGAUUACUUCAAAAAGUUAGACAUUGUAAUAAAUAAUGCUGGAAUAUUUAACGAAACAAUGAAAGAUUGGAAUAAAACAAUGGAGAUUAAUUAUGGUGGAGUAGUUAGAGGAACUAUGCUAGCAUUGAAAUAUAUGGGCACUCCAUUUGGAGGUAAAGGUGGAACUGUUGUUCAAACAGCAUCUAUAGCAGGAUUAAUGUCAAAUAUUUGGAUAGCUCCAAUGUAUAGAUCAACAAAGAGAGCAGUUGUUGAAUAUACUAGAGCUGUGGGCGAUCCAAGAACAUUUCAACACUUUAAUGUGAGAAUAAUGGCUAUAUGCCCUGGUUUUACAGACACACCACUUUUAGAAGGUGAUAGAGUUCAUCAACAUUUAAUCAAAGAGUUUUAUGAAGUAGCACAAAAGUUUGCAAAUAAUUUCCCAUUACAAUCGCCAGAAAGUGUUGGUAAAGCAUUGAUAGAAAUAUUGCAACAAGGAAGUACUGGCGAUAUUUGGGUUGUAGAAAAUGAUGAAAAUCCAAGAUUAGCUAACUUGCCUGUUUAUUCAUACUAGAAUUUGAUUUACAUAAAUUACACAACAAUACUAUGAUCUUAAGUUUUCACAAAACUAUAUUUUGAGAAACAUAAAUUUAAAUUUGAAAUAUUGUGAUAUCUAGUUAUUAAAAUGCAUUAAUUUUA